GUUGGUGACGUCACAGGAAAACAAAGAUGGCUGGGAUAGGAAGCAGCAACUACUGGGAGGAUCUGAGAAAGCAAGCCAGGCAGUUGGAGAAUGAACUUGACCUGAAGUUGGUCUCCUUUAGUAAAUUGUGCACCAGCUACAGCAGCUCUAGAGAUGGACGCCGAGGAGAAACUUCGGACACCACACCAUUGCUAAAUAACUCCACCCAGGACAGGAUGUUUGACACCAUGUCAGUUGAGAUUGAACAGCUGCUGGCCAAACUAACGGGAGUGAACGACAAAAUGGCAGAAUACACCAACACCCCCGGAUCAGCUUCUCUUAAUGCUGCACUAAUGCACACCCUCCAGAGACACAGAGAUAUUCUACAGGAUUACACACAUGAAUUCCACAAAACCAAAGGCAACUUUCUGGCCAUCCGGGAAAGAGAGGACCUUUUAGGAUCUGUCAGGAAAGACAUUGAAACAUAUAAGAGUGGUUCAGGAGUCAACAACAGAAGAACAGAGCUGUUUCUAAAGGAGCAUGAGCAUCUCAGAAACUCUGACCGGCUGAUGGAUGACACAAUAAGCAUUGCAAUGUCGACCAAGGAGAACAUGACCUCACAGAGGGGCAUGCUGAAAUCCAUCCACAGCAGGGUGAACACCCUGGCCAAUCGUUUCCCAACUAUCAACAAUCUCAUCCAGCGAAUCAAUCUGCGGAAGAGAAGGGACUCCCUGGUCCUUGGCUCUGUGAUAGGCGUCUGCACCAUUCUCCUCCUGCUUUAUGCCUUCCACUAACCCUACAGGCAGAUGACUUCCAUCAAGGCAGGAUUCUUCUGCUCCUUGUAGCAUAUGAACCCCCACCUCCUCCCCCAGAGACCACGCUCCAUGAUCGGAGGAUCCCUGAGGGUCCGGAGCAGAGAGACUUUUAGCUGCCAACAAGUUCCCACUGAGCCUGCUUUUAAAAGUGAGACUGAUUUUGGGCUGAUGAUCAGUUCUUUUCUUUCUGCUCACGGAGAAACGGAGACCAAAAUUACAAGUUAGACCCUUUUUGUUUUGUUUGAGAACAAACUGUUCUUUUUUUCCAAGAGCAAAGAGGCUAAAACUGUGUUGUUUAAAAAGGUGGCUGAAGGAUUUUUAUCUUGAUUAUUUUUAAUGAUUUGAGAGAUAAUUCAUUGUAAACUGUAAAAUGUGAAUUAAUAAAUUAUUCAUAUCAGUUUGAGUUUUAAAAUGUGUGACGCUAGUAGCUUUUCAUUUCUUACACAUUUCACUUUUUUUUAAGGCAGUGUGUGGUAGUGUAAUUUAACCAGGAACAGGGGCACAAGGUCACAUAAUGUGCUUACUGACAUGCACUAGAGUGUGACUGAAUUUUAAGUUUUGAUCUUUUAUAGAAAGAACAGCGCCUUUAAAAAAAAAAAACAUUUUGUCAUGGUUUUAUCUUAAACCACAACAUGUUUUUAUUGCCGUAGUAUUAAUAGAACAGCACAAUGAUGUGCAUUAAUUGGAUGUGUUAAGAAAAAGCAUCUUUUGCUAUAGCUAUGGCUGAAAGAAGACUUGGUGGACUGCUCUCCAUUUAAAUGUGUCUUUUGCACAUCUGGAACUGUGCUGCCCUCUUAACUAGAAGACAGACUAGCUCUACAAAGUUGGCAUAGGCUCUUCAUUUCCUGCGUCAAUUUAUUCACAAUUAUACAUUUGUUUUUUGUUUGUUUUUUCAGAAGCAGAUGGUAAAUUAAGUUUGUUAAUUUGAAUGUAGUACAUUUAGUAUAUAUAAGUAUAUAUUGGUACAAGUAUUCAGAGUAUUGAUAUUAGACUUUAGGGAUUUGUGCAAUGUAGCUCAUUUAAUGUUGAUGCUAACGUUGCCAACAUGUUUUUUAUUUCAAAUUUUUUUUCAUAACUUUUUCUCUACAAUCUAUUAUGGAUCAUUAGCUCCAUUACCCCUGAAGAAAUGUUGAAAAAUGCCAUCCAACUGGACAAUGCUGGGGGCACGGCAGACGGGGUCGCGUGUAGAGGUAUGAUUAGAAUGAGGGAAGGUGAAUUUAGGAUGACUAAAUAAUCUCGGUUCUUAUAUCAAUGCUCGCAGUUCUAACUCUUGACUCAUCGGGUGGAGGAGGAUCUGAGUGAGAUUGUUUUAUGCUGCAAACCAUUGGUACUUUAGAAUUCAGAAUACCACCUAGUCCAGUAAUUUGUUAGUGUUAUUGCUGCAACUGGCUGUAAUGGAGCAGCAUUAGAGAGUACAAGACUCCCCAAUCAUCUUGGAGUUCAAACUUAUGAUGUAAAUCAAAUCACCAUCAUACCUGAACAAUUGGGCUGUGAUGUAAACAUGUAGCAAGCUGUACAGUCAGAAACAAUAGAGGAAUUCAGCUGCAGUGGCAACCUUUCAACCCAUAGAGGGCAGCAUAACAUGGUGCCAAAUAUCUUAGUAUAUUUAGGAUUUAGACAAAAAUUUUGCACAGUAACACAAUGAUGGUUCCCUUAAACUGGAUUUUUUUCAGUUUAUCAGUCAUUGUCUAGGACUCGCACUCACCUCAAUGACUGCAGAAAAUUUGGGGUUUACUCUCUUUUCCAUACCUGUCACUCGCUCUCCAUACAAUAGGUGGGGGGCAACUAUUACUGGUAAUGUCCUUGGUAUGUAUCAAACAGUCAUUAGACAGCAGCAUAGUUCAUAUUUUAGAAUUUCUCAGGUAUCAGGAAAAAAAUUACCAGGUCUUAAAUUUUAGUUUGCAGGUAAAGAGCGUACAACUUUUUUUUUUUUUUUUUCAAAACAAGUGAAUUCUUGACCAACCAAGAAGUUUUUUUGAGUCUAUCAAAACUGCGUUCUUUCCUAAUACACCUUAAAUGUUUAGUUUGGUUUUGUAGAUUGAAUACAUAACCAUUAUGUAUCUAAAGUUGUCCCCAGUUUCCAACUUUUUUUGUUUUCCCUUUCCCAAUUUCUUCUAAGCCUUUUUCAUCUGAGCUCAGUGAAUUUGUCCUUUUUUCCCCAGAUUUGAAGGAUGUAGUAUGUAUACGUCAUGGCCCACCAUUUCUUAAGAUUUAUGAAUUGAACACUGAUUGCAGAAGACUGUGGCAAAAACUGUAAUUUAAAAUGAUCUAAACUUUUAAGAUGUCUUUUUAGGCGACAACGUAGCUUAGUUAAACUCACAUAUCUGCUUAGAUUGUAAAAUUUUAAUUUAAUACAAAAAAAAACUCAGUCGCCUGAGAAAAUUUCAUGCUUUGUUUGCUGAGCCCUAAGGAUGUCUGAAAAUGUAUGUAAACUUGGUUUCAUUAAAUGUACAAUAUUAUUCAAAAUUAA